AUGGACAAGUUGUACGAUGAACAAGUUACUGGAAUCGAGCGGAGCGAGUACCGGACCGUGAUGCCGGUCUCCGACCUAAAUUUCAAUACGCCAAACAACUAUACGGUUUUCAAAUUGGAUCACGGAGAUGCGUUUUACGAUUCUCGCAUAAUGUACCACAUACACGGAGAGUUGGUCAAGAAAUCUGACGGUACCGAAUACCCCGCAGCGUCGACAAUUCAACUGAUUGACAAUUUUCCAGCGUAUCUGUUUUCGCGAAUCGAACUGAAAAAACACAACACUCUGCUCGACAGUGUGGACCAUCCCGGCAUUACGAGUCAAGUGAAAGGAUUGGUGAGCUACAGUAAAUCGCAAAUGUACAUGUUGCCGACUAGCGGUUUCAUUUCCAAGUUUAGUGGCGGCGGCAAGUUCGAAGCGUUGGGUACACUCGGCCACUUGGGACUGGGAUUCUUUGACCAUUUGCGUAACCCGAUGUACAAAGGCGGGUUCGAGAUCACGUUCACUCGAGCCGAAGACAAUGACGCUAUAUACCACUGGUCGGGUAAUGCACAAGGAGCAACUGAACCGGCAGACGGUAAAGUUGUAAUCAAGUCGUUUGUGUUGCGUGUUCCGUUGGUCGAGUACGAGACAAACGCCAAAAGCCAGCUGAUUGCCGGUCUCAAACAAAUGAGUGAUAAGGAUUCGCUGAAAUACACUUACUUGCAGUGGCAGUGUAUCGAUAAGAAAGGCGUGUUUGGUUCAACGUUCAACUUUGACGUCACCGGCCUCUAUCGUAACGUGUACAAUCCCAAAUUCAUUAUCGUUGCACUGCAAACAGACCGCGCCAACAAGCAAAAGAAAAAUCCAAGUCGAUUCGAUCACUGCAAUUUAAAGAAUGUGUCGGUAAAAAUCAACGGACACCGCUAUCCGGCGGAAAUGCAAAACUGUGAUAUGGCGGCUCAAAACUACAGGUUGUUGUACGACCAGUACUUGACAUUUAGAAAACUCAUGUACGGCGAUACGGACGUGUAUGUCAACAUGGACGACUUUAAAUCGAGGUACCCCAUCAUCGUGAUUGACCCGCAUUUGCAUCCCACCAGCCGAGACAGGUCCAAAAACGAUAUACAAGUCGAAUUGGAUUUCACUACAGCAGUUGCGUCCGCACAAGGCGACGUGGGCACUACGGCGUACAUAAUAUUGGUGUCUCAGACAGAGUUCAUGUACGACAUUACGCGAAAACGUUAUUCGCAUGGUUCAGUGAUGACGUUUAUCAGUGUCCUCGUUUAUGCAGGACAGCGUCGUGUUCCAAUAGAUGUAACGCACCAAUACGUGUUUUAG